AUGAUCAACAAAAGAAACGAUCAGCUGAGCCAGGCAGCAAGAACUUUGAAUGAGCCAUUGAAAUUAAACGUAAUUAAAAUUAAAAAAAGACAAAAUAAGGGUAGAAUAUCGAAAACAAAAGCCUUAGAAAAAAGAAAGUGUGCGUGCAGACAGGCAAGCACGAACGUUCGUAAUAAAUGGAAACGAGUGGUUGUGUCGAACACGAAAGCGAGUGAUUCGAACUGGAAUAAUAUAAACAAUGCAGUUAACACACUGAGAGGAAACAGCAAACUUGCGGCAGACGUGUAUAAGAGGAACCGAAAAAAUUAG